AGGCAAUGGAGGCACUUGCAAAAGAAUCAACAGAGCAAUGGAUGGAUGAGGAAAAAAAUUAACAACAGAGAUGACAGGAGAAGACAAUAUACAAGUUUCUGUAGAUGCAGGUUGGCAAAAGAGAGGCAGUGGGAAAGCAUAUAACAGUUUGUCUGGGCAUUGUUCUUUGAUUGGCAAAAACACUGGCAAAGUCACCAACUACAGAGUGAGGUCGCGGUCCUGCAGGGUGUGCACAAGUGCGGAUAGCAAGGACCAGUCACCUUCUGACCACGACUGUAGAAAAAACUGGAAUGGUUCAGCAAAGGCAAUGGAGCAGGAUAUGAUCGUAGACAUGGUAUCAGAUUGCAUAAACAGAGGCUUCAAAACACAGACUAUAAUAGCUGAUGAUGACUCCACAACAAUUGCUAGGCUGCGACAACAUGUAAAUGUCAACGAAAAUUUCUGA